CCUGAAGAGAUGAUCAUAUUCUCAACUGAAAAUGGAUCUUCUUAUGUUCAUCUUUGUGUCUGUCAUUUUAAAUAUAUCUGACGGGUUCACUGUGAAAGGUCCUUCUGGUCCUCUGGUUGUUCCUCUGGAAGGUUCAGUGGUCUUGCCCUGUUUUGUUGACAAACCCUUAAUAACUGAACGACUGGAGGUGGAAUGGAGAAGAUCAGACUCAGAGACUCUGGUUCAUCUGUAUCAAGAUGGUGAGAGUCGACUAGAGGUCCAGCAGCAGGAUUAUCAUGAUAGAGCUCAUUUCUUUACUGACCAGAUUCAACAUGGAAACUUCUCCCUCCUGUUGAACAAUGUGAAAGCUGAAGAUGAGGGAAAGUACAGAUGUAAAGUGUUCAGUGGGCAGGAUUCUGGUGAAACUAUGGUCGAAAUAAAACAUGUUGAGCGUAUAAUAGUCUCAGGAUCAGAUCACUCCAUAUCUGCAUAUGUGGGUGAAGAUGUCACUCUGAGCUGCUCUGUGGACUCUCACAUCACACCUGAAGAGAUUGAAGAGGUUUCAUGGAAGAAAACAGAUAAAGAUGAAGAUGUUCUGGUCCUGCUCUACCAAAACAAUGAACCUAUACCCGAAUCAUCACAUGAGCAAUACAUAGACAGAGUUGAGUUCUUCACUGAUGAAAUCUCCAAAGGAAACUUCUCUCUCAGACUGAAGAGUGUCAGAACUGAAGACAAAGGAGUUUAUAUGUGUCAGGUGUUUGCUGGAGGAGUUUCAGCCAACACAACUGUAGUACUGGAACAACUGGGUUUCUCUGUUUCACACAUAAUGGUGUUGAUUCUCUGUAUUACUGCUGUUGGAGCAGCACUUCUGCUCUGUUUAAUCUACUUCACAUCACAGAAAAAAGAUUCAGUCCUCCGUCUUCAUGUGUUUCUGGUCUUCUGUCCAAAUAUCAUCAUGUUUUUUGCUUUUGUCCUCUGGGGUGUUUCUGAAGGAUCUGUGAAUGAGACAGUCUUUUGUUGUGUUCUUUAUUUACUGAGACCUCUAAUGUUGCUCUGGGCCGCUCCAUAUGUUAAAGAAUUUACAGUUCUUUUUAAAUCUGCUUUGGACAAAGGUUUGAGUUAUGCAGGAUUUGAAGGAGUCAUGAUAAUUGUUCUCUUUGUGAUAGUGGUGCUCUUGUGCCUCUUCUAUAUCAUUCGCAUGUUUGCUGAAAUCACUGGAAAGUUAAGCGAACGGAUAACUGCAAUAUUCCUUGUUCUGGCUGGUAUAAGCUUUAAUAUUCUGCCUUCAUUACAAUUCAUCCUCCUGUUUUACGCUUUUGGAUCUGCCAAAGGAGGAUUCUUGAUUGUUGCAGUUUUACCAGUGUUCACAUCAGUGACACGAUAUGAUUGGAAUGUUACAUGUGGGGAACAAAUGGGCUGUUCACCUUUGGUCAGAAGAUCAGUGUGGAUCAUGUUAAUGUCAUUGAUGAAUGCAGUAAUGAUCUAUUUCUGCAUCAUGGCACUGGAAAAUGAAACGGAUUCUGUUGGAUGGGGCUGUUUGAUUGGGUUUCUGCAGUUACUCUGGACAGUUGUGAACUUCACAUGGUCAUUUGCUGAGUGUGAUUUUCCCCGUAUUGUCCCUGUGUACCUGUUUGGAUCAGUUGGUGUUGUUUUAAUAAGCGCUGUUUCACUGAUGACAGAACUGAUACUGAAAACAGUUAAUGGUGAGCGUGCAGUUGGAGAUCUGAGAAUUGUUGUAUUUUCAUCUGAAAGUUUCUUGACCUUUUUCCUGCUGAUUUUACUGGUAUUUUCACCCUGGAUCAAAACCUGUCAACAGUCAUGUCAGAAUGCAGCAAGAGCAAGAUCUAAUCGAACUCAAGACACCAGAUCAAACCAGAACGAGAACCAAAGUUCUCAAAAUGCAGCAGGAUCAAACCAGAACACAGUAGAAAUGAAUCCUCUACUACAGACACAAGAUCAGGAGGCUGGACAGAGAAAAGAGACAGAGGAAACUCAGCCAGUUUCAGUUGAGACACAAUCAUAAUCAACAAUGAGAGAGAAAAAAUAUGCCAAACACUGACAUGUUUCUUCAAACUCUUAUGAGUGCUGACAAACUAAAACUUCAGUGAUGUCCUUCAAUUCAAAAAAUACAGAUUAUUAUUUUAUUUUUAUUAUUGUGAGCAUUUUGUAUAUGUUGUUUUUUAAUGUAUUCACCAUUUUGAGAAUAGCUGUAAAUAAAUGCAGACUGUGUUUAAGUAAUUGUGUAAUAAAACUGCUUGUUUUGCUCUAUUUUUAUAACUGUGUUAGACAUUGCACUAUGACCAUAUAAAAAUAUAUGUGAGGUCCAUGUAAAUAAAGUGGUGCAAAGUCUAUUAUGACAUCCUUUUUUUUUAUUUAUUUUUUUUUAUGAAUGUGGCCAGUGCAUAAACAUUAAAAUACUCACUGUUUGAAAAAUGUAGCCACAAGACAUAAACAAUAUGUGUUUUAACAUGAUUUUAGUGUGCUGAAAUCACUUACUAACCUUUUCUGAGUAAAGUUAAAUCCAGUUGCGAUUACAGUAAUCGACACUUACAAUGGAAAUGAAUGGGGCCAGUGC